UCGUCUCCCCAUCACCCUCGCCUGAGCUCAAAAUUCCCCGCAGUCAGCAACGAGAGUCCGCUGUGUCAGUGAGUGAGAGAAAAGCAGAGGAAGAAAAAUCACUUCCAGAAAUGGCAUCAUCGGCAUUGAGAUCCAGCAUUCUUCGUCGCAUCAGAAUCCCAGUUUCCCAAACCCUAACCCUAAAUGGAUCUACUAAACUCGGUUCCGUCCGAUUUAUGUCGUCGCACGACGAUCACCUCGACAAGGAAGAAGUCACUGCUAGAGUCCUCGACGUUGUCAAGAGCUUCCCAAAAGUUGACCCUGCCAAGGUGUUGAAUUGUUCUGGAAUGUAUACAGUUUAUGCCUACAUAUGGGCCUUAUCAGGUUUAGUCUAUGCAAGAAUUUCUGUUAUUUGAGUGGUGCUUCGUACGGCGGCUUGAGAAUGGCGAAAAAGUUUGUCGAAGCAAUUAAUUGUGAGGUUUGAAGUUUUUACAUAUAGCAAGUUCAGAAACUAGGCAUUGAGGUGUUCUUUGCUAAUGAAAUGAAACAAGGACAGGCCGGUACAGACUCAGACACCGAGCUGGUUGCUCCUUUGGAUAGAUUUGCAGUAGUAUAAUAAGUUAGAAAUUUCAACUUGGGAUAAUGAGAGUAGUAUUGUGGGCUUUGAAUUGGGAUUCUUGAAACUUUGAUUUUGAGCUGCUUUAUCAUUAAUUGAAGUACAAUCUUAACUAUCAUCUUCAGAAAAAAUUUCUCUUCACUAGAAUCUUCACGUGGUUUGAUCCGCAUUUGCUUGCUGCUAAAUAGCAUGUCGUCAAAAUCUGUAUUGGGAUAACAUUUUGGCCUAUACUCUUGGAGCUAAUUUUUUGAAGAUGUUUAUUGAAAUAUCAGAAAAAAAAAGGCUCCUACUUUAGCGAUAAUUGUAGAAAAUCUGAAUCAAGCAUGGGCAGGGACUUGUAGCAUUGGGAAGGCGAGUUUUGAUAUGCACUUGCACUGACAGUUGUUAGCGAUAUAUUUUGGGUUUUUCUUGCCCUGCUACUUCAAUUUGUGCUGAAAUGACACUACAGGAAUGU